GGCCGUAUUCAUGUUCCAAAUGUAGCAAAUGCUUUUCCUCACCAAUCAGAUGUCCUCACACAUGAGAGAAUCCACGCGGUGGGGAAGCCCUAUUCCUGUCCCGAAGUUCACGCCAUAAAAAAGUCACACUCCUGUCCUGAAUGUGGGAAGAACCCGAACUCCUGUUCUGAAUGCGACCUGUAUUCGUGUUCAGAGUGCGGGAAAAGUUUUCCCUACAAGUCAACCCUGAUCUUACACAAGAGGGUCCACACGGGGGAGAAGCCCUUCUCCUGCUCAGAGUGCGGGAAACGUUUUCUAAAUAAAUGGGCCCUCAUUGUACAUGAAAGGACUCACACGGGGGAGAAGUCCUAUGCGUGUUUCAAGUGCGGCAAAUGCUUCUUUAACGUGGCAUCUCUGAACAUACACGAAAAAGGCCACACGGGGGAAAGGCCGUAUCCCUGCUCAGUGUGCGGGAAAGGUUUUCUACAAAAAUGGACCCUCGCUGUACAUAAACGGAUUCACACGGGGGAGAAGCCCUACUCGUGCUCGGAAUGCGGCAAGCAAUUCUCCGACAAGUCGUAUCUCAUCAGCCACAGAAGAGUUCACUGCGGGGAGAAGCCCUAUGCCUGUUCCAUGUGUGGGAAACGUUUCUUCCACAAAUCAAGCCUGACCGCCCAUGAAAAAGUUCACUGCGGGGAGAAGCCCUAUCCCUGUUUUGAGUGUGGGAAAUGUUUCUCCAGUGACACGGCUCUUGCCCUCCACAGACGUGUUCAUAAACAAAAGAAGCCGCAUGUCUGUUCAGAGUGCGGAAAGUGUUUUCCUCAAAAAUCUUCUCUCGUUGCACACAACCGAAUCCACACGGGGGAAAAACCAUUCUCCUGCUCUAGUUGCGGGAAGUGUUUCAACCACACAUCGUCCCUUAGUGCCCAUAAAAGGCUUCACACUGGAGAGAGACCUUAUUCCUGUUCCCUGUGCGGGAGGUCUUUUUCACAGAGAUCGGCUCUGAUCAGACAUGAAACGGUCCACACGGGAAAGAAGCCUUAUGCCUGUUCCGAGUGCGGGAAAUGUUUUUCCCACAAAUCGGCCGUCAUCGUACACGAAAGGAUUCAUACCGGGGAAAAGCCAUAUCCGUGUUCAGGUUGCAGCAAACGGUUUUCUCAGCGGUCUUCUCUUAUCAAACAUGAGAGAGUUCACACGGGAGAGAGGCCAUAUUUCUGCUCGGAGUGCGGGAAACGUUUCUCACAGAAAUCACAUCUCAUAGCCCAUAGCAAACUUCACUUGGGGGACAGCCAUAUAUUUGCCCCAAAUCUGGAAAAUGAGCUUCCAAUAAACUAG